GACAGCGGCGAGCUGAAGGGGCGAAGCGCUUUUGAGGGGAGGAGCCUGGGGUGAAAGCGAGGCUGGGAAUCCCAGAAUACCAGGCUUGAGCAGGCAGGCAGCCUGGCGGGUGUGGACUUAGCUGUUCUUCCCUCAGUGUAAAAGGAGGAAGCGAUGCGCAGGGCUGGAAGAUGGCUGAGCUACAGAUGUUACUAGAGGAGGAGAUCCCCGCCGGGAAGAAAGCUCUGAUCGAGAGCUUCCACAACCUGACCCGGGUGGCCGACUACUGCGAGUCCAACUAUAUCCAGGCUCCUGAUAAGAGGAAAGCAUUAGAAGAAACAAAGGCAUACACAACUCAGUCUCUGGCAAGUGUUGCCUAUCAGAUCAAUGCACUGGCCAACAAUGUGCUCCAGCUAUUGGAUAUUCAAGCCUCCCAGCUGCGGAGAAUGGAGUCCUCCAUCAACCAUAUCUCCCAGACUGUGGAUAUUCAUAAAGAAAAGGUGGCUCGCAGAGAGAUCGGUAUCUUAACAACCAAUAAGAACACUGCAAGGAGUCACAAAAUCAUUGCUCCCGCUAACAUGGAGCGCCCCGUCAGGUACAUUCGAAAACCCAUAGACUACACGGUGCUGGAUGAUGUAGGCCAUGGAGUAAAGUGGCUAAAAGCCAAGCAUGGAGGAAAUCAGGCCGCAAGAACGGGCACGUUGACUAGAACCAAUCCUCCCACGCAGAAGCCUCCCAGCCCCCCAAUGCCUGGUCGAGGUACUUUGGGGCGGAACACCCCAUACAAAACCCUGGAGCCUGUAAAGCCUCCGACUGUUCCAAAUGAUUACAUGACGAGCCCAGCUAGGCUUGGCAGCCAACACAGUCCUGGAAGAACAGCAUCGCUCAACCAGAGACCGAGAACACACAGUGGCAGCAGCGGCGGAAGUGGCAGCAGAGAGAACAGCGGAAGCAGCAGUAUUGGGAUUCCCAUUGCUGUACCUACACCGUCUCCUCCAACUAUUGGACAAGGUAUCUCUGGUGGGCCCCCACCACCACCAGCACCUCCUCCACCUCCUCCACCACCACCAGCAGUGGGCACAGGCUCAGCACCGGGUUCCCAGUUUGGCUCAAUGACCAGGCAGAUCUCUCGGCACAACUCCACCACUUCCUCUGCUUCUUCUGGUGGCUACAGACGGACUCCUUCUGUGACUUCUCAGUUCUCUGGCCAACCUCAUGUCAACGGCGGGCCUCUGUAUUCUCAAAACUCAAUUUCUAUCGCUUCUCCCCCUCCCCCCAUGCCUCAAUUGACUCCACAGAUCCCUCUCACAGGCUUCGUGGCCAGGGUGCAGGAAAACAUUGCGGACAGUCCAACACCACCACCACCUCCACCUCCUGAUGAGAUCCCCAUGUUCGAUGAUUCUCCUCCUCCACCUCCGCCACCUCCAGUUGAUUAUGAAGAAGAAGAAGCUGCAGUGGUGCAGUACAAUGAUCCCUACGCCGACGGAGACCCUAUUUGGGCACCCAAGUCCUAUCUUGAGAAAGUUGUUGCCAUUUAUGACUAUUCAAAAGACAAAGAAGACGAGCUGUCAUUUAUGGAGGGAGCCAUUAUUUACGUUAUAAAGAAGAAUGACGACGGCUGGUAUGAAGGGGUCUCCAACGGAGUAACCGGCCUCUUCCCUGGCAAUUACGUAGAAACAGUCAUGCACUAUGCAGAUUAAAACUCACAUUUAAAAGGGUUUUUUUGGUUUCCUUGAGAGAACUGUCAGUUUCUUAUCAAGUCUAAAACUGGUUUUAAAUCCAUUUUAAGAGGUAAACGUCUUUGUACGUUGAUCUUGUAUUUAACUCGUUUGGUGCCAGGGCUUCGCUCUACCACCAAAAGGGUUUUGACCUUGAUACAUGUGUGGUAUGGUAGAAUGUCUUACAUCCAUAAGCCUCAAGCGACCAAUUUGGUUUCCGGACCUACCGACAGCUACUCAAGUUGCCCAUGCUUUUGUAUUUCUCCUUCCACAUUGUUGAUCAGAUGACCAACCUAAAUACACCACAGGGAUUUUAGGGCGUCAUGUUGAAUCACUCACCAGUUCAUCUUGUGCCAUUCCCUUCCUUUCUUUCUGUGCAGCAUGGCAACUAACACUACGUUAGGCAAACAUUAACAAGCGGACUGUAAGUCGAUGCUGCGGCUGGUCGUAUUGCCUUCUUAUUAGAUAAUGGCUCAUUUUUAAUAUGAAACUUAUUUGUUUAAAGCAUGCAUACAAAAUUUUAUGUACUGAAAUAAUUUUUUUUUUUUUUAAAUCCACAAUGCUUCCAGUUUAUUGUACCGUAUGCCAUGAGUACUCACACAUUCUAUAAGGUUUUGUCCAGUCUCUUGAAGUGUCCAUCGGUGGAUCCAUUGUCGUAAUAUGUAUAUUUUUUUGUAUUCCUGAUUUUGUUUUCUUUUUAAUUACGCUGUCUCCAGAGCAGCCAUAUUGGAUUUCCCCCAUAACAUAAUCCUGAUUUAUGCCCCUGAAAAGCUACGGCUUUGACUAAGACCAGUGAGGGAAGAAUCCAAAUUUUUUCCAAGCCACGAUCCUUUCAAAAUAAGAAAGAGAACUGUCCCCAUAAAGGGGACAUGGUGUCAAGAACAAGUAUUUGCAGUGGCAUUAUACACCUCUUGAACAGAAAGGCUGUGCCUUUGAAUGUUACAUUUCCAUGUUGCUUUAAUGAAAUGUCCCCUAAAACCUUCUACUUCCUGCUGGCUGCUUUCCCAGGCUGUUUAAGGGAGCCAGCAACACACAGGGCUUAGAAUGCCAGCCAAUUCCCAUCUUGCUGUUUUUGGUAUAGGAGACCCCACGGCUCAUUUCUAACAUAGAUAUGGAUCAGAGAGGAACUCAAAUUAAAGUGUAAUGUUUAAAGAUAACAAUUAUCUUUAGCCCAAACGUAAAACAGGUGCCAUAUAUUAUUUAUCCCUGGCUAUGUGAUGAGGGUGAUUAAAAAAAUAUGCUUUGUCCCCUUUAAGAUUGUAAUAGAGUAGUAAUACUCACCUUUUCCCCCCCCACAUUUAACCACAGGGGAGCCUGGUAAAUCUAUCUGUGGCAGAACAAGUUAUUUUUAUUACUUUAAUAAAGUAUAUUUUGCACCUUUUAACAUUACAACAUUUAGAUAUUUGCUCAUUUAUCUCAUGCGAACUGCUGUUCUGUAGCUGGAGUGAUGUAAUGUAUGUGGUUGGAAAUAAUGAGGUGCUACUUCAGCACCAAGGGACCCACAGAGACAGUGUUUGCUGGCUGCAUCAGCCCUGGUCCUGGAGCCGUCCCUGACCCACAGACAGAGGGACACUGCGAUACAAAGCCACACUCGGUUUCACUUUAGCACAAAGAUUACAGUCUGUUAAAGGGCAACGUUGACGUUCAAGCCUACAAGCAGUGCAGGUUUUAAAUAACUUAAGGGUUAUGGCACACAGGGUUGUAUUGCUCUUCAUUCAUUCCAAUGGGAAUCACUUGGGUUAUGGCACACUCUUGGACAAAUUGUUUGGAAUGACCCCCAGGCAGUUCUCAUAGGAAAGAAUUGGGGCCAUUCCAAGCAUUUUGAAGUAAUGGGGUGAGGGGAAUUCCAAGCUUGGUGGGCAGGCAACAAAACACUUUGGCAACAAGCCGAGCACAACCACCCUGUGUGCCAUUACCCUUAUAGAAAUAUAAAAUCUGGGGCAUAAUCACACAUUUACAAAACUACUAGCCCUUUUUCUUAUGGAAGGUGUAGAUAGUGAAUCUUUGAUAAUGGAUCCAGGGGCCAAUUCCUUUACACUUUCAUUUACACAAGGAACAGACACACAGUGCUUUUUGAAACAUUCCUAUGUAUUUGUGAAAAAGCCACAGGCCAGCAUGCAAUAUCGCACACAACUGGGCACGUGCCAACAUUACAGACUUUUAUUUUAAUCCAAACCCACAGGGCCAAUAUUAUCUUAAGACCAAAAUGUUUUUUUUUUUUACAAAGGGAGCUGUUCUGAAACUCAUUUGGCACAUGAUAUCAGCUAAUCCCCUAUCACACUCUGCCUCAAAACCUUUUUUACACGCUUGUUUUUGUAUAAGCAGCAGCCUCUCCCCGCCGCCAUUACUAAACAGAUCCAUGUUGCACUGAAGUGUUACGCUGCAAACCUGGGAAACUGUACCAUGACCUAUGGCAGAUUCCGAUGCCCCAAUAAAGUAUUACAGAAGUUAUUAAAUGGCGUUUCAUUCUCUAUAAAUCAUGGUUAGAAUGAUGUGCUAAUGAUAGACAUAUAGGGAAUUCUGACCAAUCACGGCAGUACCGCAAUCAGGGUUGGACUGGUGUGUGGGGCUGCUACCCUAUCCCAGGGGGCCCCUGCUGCCUUCUAAUGGUACCAGCUAUAUCCCCAACUGUUGCUGUGUCCCCCAGUUGUUAUGUGCUGCCUCCUAAUGGUACCAGCAAUACCCCCCCAUUUUUGCUGCAUCCCCCAAUCUGAUGAUAAGAGAAAAUAUCUGUAGAAGUAGAAAAAAAUUGUUGUUGAUCUGCUUACAAAAAAAAAUGUAAUCACAAUAAUAUAAACAAUAUUUUUACGCAACCUAGUUAUUUAGUGAAGGGGAACUUCCAUUAAACUACUGCUUAGUGCAGCUGGUCCAGGAGCUUAGCCCCAGGCCCCUUGUGUAUGGGAGUCCCUCUCUUAACAGCCUGACAGCCUAAAUAUAGAAUACUGCAGUGUGUGUCUAUUUGUUGUAGAAAAAUUAGCUACCUUUCUAAGCAGAGCAACAUCAGCAGACUUCGGAAAUUUUCUCCCAUCAGGUUGGUCAUAAGGACUUGCCAGCAGGUGGCGAUGUUGAUAUCUAUAUUGAAAAAAGUCAUUCUCUGGCAAACUGUCCUUUUUCCCUUUUACAAAUGAGCCCCAUGGUGGAGCUUAGAAUGAUACUAUUAAAUAUGCAUUAAGUUCUCCCAUCUGCAGUUUCUUAGUUAGAGGAUCCCUGCCAGGCCUGCAGUCACUCAAAACCCUUCCUGUAUCAGGUACUAUCUGUCCCAGUGCUGCUACGUCGCUGUCUUGGGAUGGAGUACUGUCGCUGAGCCACUUGGUACUUGACAGCGUCAGGAUGGCCCAAUACUCCUAAUAAGGUACAAUGUGAAACCUUAUGCAUAAAGGAUUCACUGAAGAAGCAUCAGUAUAAUCACCAUGCCCUGUCCUACCAGCUCUCCCAUUUACACUUCCAACUGAUAUCUGCUGGUAUGGGACAAUGGUCACGUAACCAGGAAGCAGCUGAAAGAAAUUUUUUUUUUUGCUUUUCUGGGGCAACAUUGCUUUUUGGGAUUAACAACACCUUUAACACAGAGGUCUUUGUAUCAUAAAAAGUAAGGUUUUUAAAAGAAUAAAUGACCCUGGCAGCCAGGGUCAAACAAGUUUUUUUGUCUAAGAAAGCCAGUCGGCAAUCGAGAGAAUUUGAAGAGACAGUAGUGAAAGUUCCCCUUUAAUCAGUGUUACCCACUUCACUAUGCUUUCUUUUUGUAAUGACACAAAGUGACACCUCUCACAUACCGGUUUCUAUACUUGGCAAUUCUUUUCAUGUGUAUAUAACUUGUUCCAGUUCUAUGUACAGUCUUUUAUAAUAAACCAUUCUCCUAAA